UCAUGUCUAGAUAACCUUUACAAUUUGAAUAUUAUUCUAAUUGAGUUAUUAGUAAGUAUUAUUCACUUUGUUUUCAUUGAAAAAGCUUAGCCUUGUGCAUUGAGGCGUGUCUUCCUCGCCAAGGUAAUUUUUUUGCUAUUUCCGAUACGGAACCAACCAAUUUCGAUGGCUAUUGUCAUUAAACUGAGAUACGAUAUCACUUACAAUUUAUCUUAUCAGAGAGAUUAUGUACACAAGUGUUAAAUUUGUACCGUGUAAUGGACAACACAUCACGUACCGCGCAAACGGGUGCCGUGCACACCUGCGGAAAAUUCCUCAAAUUCAUAACUACCACGAACAUAUGGCUUCGAAAGAGUUAACACUUAGCUUCCACAACUUAAUCAAGCGAGAUGAGGAACUAUACAGCUACACAAACUACGGCAUGGACACCCCGACUCCAUCAUCAGCCCAGGACUGCCUGCAGAUGUUCACCAAGUUCGACUCCAACCCUGGGCCGGAUUCCGACUUUGACCUGAGCCUGGCUGUUCCGGAGUCGCUGUCCAUUAUUGAAACAGAUAAGGGUGGGAAAGAAGAGACUGAUGCUGUCGCCACACAAUCCAACUCCGUGCCAUACAAAACCGUCCAUGACCCACCGAUCAAGUUCAACUCGGUGCACAGGAAAGUGUUCAUUCCCGGCGUGGAAAUAAAGGUCAGAAUAGAAGAGAACGAACGCAGCGUGACUACACAUCUACUUAACCCUAAUUUAUACACAAUAAACCUCCAACACGGCGACUUCACAUGGACGGUCCGCAAGCGCUACAAGCACAUACUGUACCUGCACCAGCAGCUGACGCUGUACCGCGCGUCGCUCGACAUCCCCUUCCCCACCAAGACGCACAAGUCGCGCCGCGCCAGCUUCAGGAACACGCUCAACAACGAGGAGCAGGCUGAGAAGGUUGCUCUGGAGGCCUUACCACGAAGUCAGUCGAAGAAAACGGCUCGUCCGAAAAAAAGAAAAGGCGCGUUGCCCAGAUUUCCAAAGAAGCCAGAGGUGAUGGUCACAUACGAGGGAAUCCAGCUAAGGAUGAAGCAACUAGAAGAAUAUUUAUACAGUUUACUCAAUAUCUCUAUUUAUAGGAAUCACCACGAGACAGUAAAAUUCCUCGAAGUGUCAAACCUGUCGUUCAUAUCAGAGUUCGGGUGUAAGGGCAAAGAAGGCAUGGUGCUAAAACGCACCGGUUCCACCCAACCCGGGCAAGCUGGGUGUAACUGCUUCGGACUACUAGGAGCGGCUGUGUGCGUCAGGUGUAACUACUUCUGCACGGGUCUGGUGUGCGCGAAGUGGCAGGAGCGGUGGUUGUUCGUCAAGGACACGUUCUUCGGCUACCUGCGGCCCAGCGACGGCUCCGUCAAGGCCGUCAUGCUGUUGGACCAGGGCUUCGAAGUAUCGAGCGGCAUGUACUCCACCGGCCUGAACCAUGGUCUGCAGAUCCUGAACCAGAGCCGGCAGAUGGUCAUCAAGUGCUGGACCAAGCGGAAGAGCAAGGAGUGGAUGCAGUACCUCAAGGCGGUCGCCAACCAGACUGCUCGAGAAUUCACACACCCCAACGUGCACCACUCGUUCGCGCCGCCGCGCGCCGCCACGUCCGUCGGAACUUUCGUCGAUGGAUCUCCAUAUCUAGCCGCCGUCGCCGAGGCUAUGGAGCUCGCUAAAGAAGAAAUAUUCAUCGCCGAUUGGUGGCUCAGCCCAGAGAUAUAUAUGAAGAGGCCUGCCCUUAACGGCAACUAUUGGAGGCUGGAUACGAUACUGAAGAGGAAAGCGGCCCAAGGCGUAAAAAUCUUCAUAAUGCUGUACAAGGAAGUUGAGAUGGCACUCGGCAUCAACAGCUUUUACAGCAAGAGCAGAUUGGCCAGCGAAAACAUUAAGGUUUUCCGUCACCCAGACCACGCGCGCGGCGGUAUACUGUUCUGGGCGCACCACGAGAAGAUCGUCGUCGUCGACCAGUGCGUCGCCUUCCUCGGGGGCAUUGACCUGUGCUACGGCCGCUGGGACGACUACAAACACAGGCUGACAGACCUAGGCAACAUCACGCAGACCUCAAACUCCAUCAGAACGAAGAAGAAAACGUCCAGCUCCCCCGGCGGCGGCAUGUUCCACACCCAAAACGGCGGAGACGUCUGCCUCGAGCUCGCCAAACACUCCAGGGACAUCAUUAUUGGGGCCAAUGAUACCAUCCAAAUCGAAACCACAGAAGUAGAAGAAAAAUCAAUCACCGAUCCCAACACUCCCGACCCGGACCUACCGCAACUCCAACCGGGCGACCAUCUACUAAUAACCCAAAACACACGGACAGACAAAGAUAGUGCUACGCACAGUCCAGUAGAAAGGAGAAACGUGCUCAACAAAAUAACAGAGAGAUCGAAAGAUAUAUUGAGUAUAGUGUAUCCGCCUUAUGAGGAGGAAAGGAAUGGAAGGGUGUUUGAUGACUCGGAGAGGAAGAAAGCGGAGAAGUAUGCGCAGUCUAAUGAUCAGGUGUUGCUGACUGACGCGCUAACUACGAAGGGAAUGGUGACGAGGAGUAAAAGCGUGCGUAAGCCGACGCCGCUGGCGCAGGUUGUCGAGGGUCGCGUCAUCACCGAGAGCACGAAGGACAGGCUGGAGGGCAUCGAAGGGAACUCCAAGCUGUGGAUAGGGAAGGACUACACCAACUUCAUCGUCAAGGACUUUAAUAGCCUGGAUCUGCCUUUUGUUGACCUUGUGGACCGCAACUCAACGCCCAGAAUGCCGUGGCACGACAUCGGAGUGGUAGUACAAGGCGCGGCCGCCAGAGACGUCGCGAGGCACUUCAUACAACGAUGGAACGCUAUUAAACUAGAGAAGGCCAGACAAACCGCGAGCUACCCAUACCUUCUGCCCAAGACGUAUUCCGAGAUCAAACUUUUGUCAGAGCUGGACAAGUAUCUGAACACUGACAUACACAAUGCAUCAUGUCAGGUACUACGCAGCGUGUCGAGCUGGUCCUGCGGAUUCCUGGACCCGGACACGGUGGAGCAAAGCAUUCAUGAAGCGUACGUGGACACCAUCACACGGGCACAGCACUACAUCUACAUCGAGAACCAGUUCUUCAUAACACUGUCGCGAACCAGCCAGGCCGUGAGGAACCAGAUAGGGGAGGCGUUGUUCAACCGGAUAAUGCGCGCGCACCGCGCCGGGGAGACGUUCCGCGUGUUCGUGGUGAUGCCGCUGCUGCCCGGCUUCGAGGGGGAGGUGGGGGGGCCCUCGGGCACCUCGCUGCAUGCCGUCACGCACUGGAACUAUCAGAGCAUUUGCAGGAGCCGCGAAGCCAUCCUAACGCGCCUCUACGAAGCGGACGUGUCGGACCCGUCCCAGUACAUCACAUUCCACGGCCUCCGCACACACUCCACGCUCGAGGGCGAGCCGGUCACCGAGCUCAUCUACGUGCACUCCAAACUACUGAUAGCUGAUGACAAGACUGUUAUAUGUGGGAGUGCGAAUAUCAACGAUAGGUCCAUGGUUGGGACUAGGGAUUCGGAGAUCGCUGUGCUUUUACAGGAUGAAAGUUUCACCGACGGGACCAUGAACGGCGCAGCCUUCCCCUGCGGCCGCGUGGCCGGCGCGCUCAGGAAGCGCCUCUUCAGGGAGCACCUCGGGCUCAUGGAGGAAGAUCUGCAGCGGGUGGAAGUCAGCCUGGACGACCCGUGCUCCGAGCAGUUCUACCGGCACGUGUGGCAGAGCUUCUCGAAGAGGAACACCGAUGUUUACGAGGAGGUAUUCCACUGCCUCCCCACCGACGCUGUCCACUCGUUCGCCGAACUCAAGAAGUACCAAGAACAGAACAAACAUACCCUCUGGCAUAGCGACCCGGCGCUCGCGAACAGGAAAAUAGACCUUAUACAGGGGAACCUGGUCGAUAUGCCGCUCAAUUUCCUUUGCAACGAGGUGCUCACGCCGCGGACUACCAGUAUGGAGGGCAUGAUGCCCACUGCUUUAUGGACUUAAAUCUCA